UUCCUGAGUCUGCUUGCCACCUAACUCGAAGCUGAUUUUCGGCCGCGACAGACGAUCCCAAAUACAAAGUUGAUAUACCUACUGGCAAAAAAUCCAGCCUUCAGGUUUACCCACCCCCAGUGAUCCAUUGGGCACAAGGAUUUCAAGAGAAACACUCCACUGAUGUGUGAGAACAGCACCGAGAUUUGUCCUGAGGAAUACACAGACAUGGAGUACAAGAGAGCAGAAUCCGUGAAGGAAGUAAGAGCCGCGCGAGCCAAAGAGAGGCGUCUGGCCGCACUGCGUCGCCUGAGUGGCAAGAAAACACAGGCACGAAAAGUAGUGACAGAGGGACGGAACACUGAGUCCUUGAAGGGGCCGGAACAAAAUCAGUCCUUCAAAUACAGCGCACCUCAGACAUGUGACUCUGAGAACGAGGAUGAAGAACACAUUGAAAUUUCUAAGAUUGACUGGGUAACGGAGUGGCUGGACAAACAUUGCUUCUUUGAUGAGCAGGCCUGGGGCGCCGUCAUGGCCGGUGUUGAGGCCACGCCAGAGGAGAUGGAAAACGAACUCCAGGACAAACCCAACCCUCCUGUCGGUAACUUUAAAUUGGAUAGUAGCGAAUACACUUCACUAGACAACACCUGCCCCAAGAAAUUUCUCGCCGCCCUCACGCGCCUUAAUCACUUGCAAAAGUCACACGAUGAUAUCCUGGCACAGCUGACCUUCCCCAACAAAAUGGUGGUGCAACAUGUGACAUACAUCGUCAAGGCCUUCCUGAGACGCAUGUACUUUAGAAUGAAGGGCAAGAGCCACAAGAAACAGGAGGCCGUCAUGCGCAAGAUGCACUACGCCAUGCAGGGCAUCGUGCAUCGCUACUUCAAGCGGGGCAUGGAUAAGAAAGUCUAUUUACACAAAGCAGCGGAGAAGGACGAGUUUGAAAACUGGAGUGAUGAUGAGGAUGACGAGGAAGGUCGAGGCGAUGACGACCAGAUGGAAGAAGGAAACGUUAAUGAAACAAAAGACGAACAAUGUGACGAAGUUCAGGAAAACGAAGAGAACCGGUCAAAUAAUGAAGACGAAAUCCAAAAAUGUAAAACAGCAAUUGAAGAGAUAAAGAUGGCGAAGAAGUUUGUGAGUAGCGCUGUCACGCUUCACGCACAGGCCCCAGAGACUCUGCUCAACACCAUGGAAGCGAUUUACAACGGAAAGGUGACGGUGGAGCACGUGCUCAAACACCCCCAAACUCUCACCCACCAGAAUGACCGCGUGGAAGGGAGCGUGCCUGGGAUGAAGGGACAAGACGGUAACUCAAGCAACGAAGAAGACGACGAGGACGAGUAUUACAUCCCUGACGACAAGUCACACGCCAGCCUUGAGUUCUCCGACGACGAGAGAAUGCACUGCCACCUCUCAGACGUGGAGGAUGAUGAGUGUGAAACGAAUGACGCUUCUUGGGAUGAGGAGGACGACAGUGACGCUGAGAGUGAGGCCCGCUUGAGUCCCACUGAGUAUCCCUCAGAUGGCGAGGAGUCCAGUUCGGUUGAAGACGGCGAGUGCGGUGGUGCCAGUGAUGAUAAUAUAACAAAGAAAAGCCAGACAUCACCAGAGAAGGAGGUGGACUUCAAGCUGCUUAACAGACUUGCCGGCGAAUUCAGUGAUGGUAGCGAAGAGGAGGGGCACGAGAAGGCGGCGUGGAGGCGGAGUCAGGAUGUGAGCCGCACUCUGUGGAUGCAGGAAAUGGUCUCUGACUGCCCACUCAAAGACAAGACUUACAGUCAAGAAUUCCACUGCUGCCGAGCUCCUUUGUUCCCCAAGGUCAAUCUUUCAACACAUUCCAUUCAAGAGAAGGAAAAAAUUCUUGAACAGUUUAUGGAAAAGAAUGUCAGCAGAAACAUUCGCCGCUACGUCAUGAAAACAGUUUGCCGAAGGAAUUUCGCGAUAUUCAAAAAGUUGUGGCGGCGUGCCAAGGGCCUCAAGCGGUUCCCAGGCCUGCGCCUGGGCACACAGGGCACUGCAGCGUGGCAGUCUUUCAAGCGGCAGAAGGCCUACCUUAACGACUUCCUCAUGACAGAGAAAGAGGCCCUUCUUUACAGUUUGUCGCGGAAGCACAAAGUGUCGUGUGAAGAAAUCAUCCAAGCACAGGCGACGGUAGAAAUGCUCCGUAAGAAACGGCGACUCGCAGUCAAGAUUGUCAAGUUCCUGGACCAGCUCCCCAUCCGCCGCCUCCAGUACCUGAAUGAGCACGUCCUCGCAAAGGCACAGCGGGGAAAUGGAUGGGAGCCGCAAAGUCACUCAGACAUGACUUCCGUGUUGCUGUUUUUACAGACUGUGGCUACAAUGCAAGGACAUGAGUCGCCCUUUCCCUGCCACGGCCCUGUGUGCGAGAAGCUUCAAGGCUACGUGGAGAGCCUCGUUCACGAUAUCGACGACGAAUAUAAGUUCUUUUGUAAGGAAAAGGGAAAUCAGGCCCGCCGCGAGGAGGUCAAAGUAAAAUUGAAUAACAUGAGCAGAAACAAGUUGGAAAAGUACUUGUCUGUCGCGAAAGAAACUUAUCAGAGCUUGACGCGCAAGUUUCUGCAGCAGAAGCAUAAAUACCUUAAGAGACGCUUAUCGGAGCACGAGCUUAACAGUCUGUUUCCCUUGUGCCCCAAAGAUGACAUAGGUCUGAUGCACCUCCCUAAACACCAGAGGCUGCUACUGCUCACCCAACAUAACAACAAACAACUCAAGCUCCGGCGUGAUUACAUUAACAUGGUCAAGGAAAAGGCACGCCACACCAAGACAGUUCUGGCCAAAAUGAACAGGUUCUUGUCGCGGAGUUCGGCUCAAGACAUAAUUUUGAAAGUUUAUGACAUUCAGACGCAGGAGAGUGAGUGGGCACAGAGGAGCAAGGUGCUGGAAGAUGAGGCAAUAAGCUACCUGGAGGUGUCGCCGCAGGAGUACAAGGAGUCCACCAAGGACUCCCUCACAGGCCUCACCUGGGACAUCUGGAGUGACGAUGAGCAGGACAGUGAUUCGGACUGGAUGGAUGAAGGCUCAGAGGAAGGUGAAGGGGAGAUGAGGAAGGAAGAGGAGAUGGAACGAAAGGCUGACUAUACUGAAAACGAACCGCUGACUAUACAGAAAAUAUUCCGUGAGCUGCAUGUACAGUAUUAUCCUACAGGAAAUUACAUACUUAAAAAUCAGCAGGAUGUCCAGGAAUCCUAUCCAACUUCCUUCCCCUUCGAACAAAAACCCUGGGAGACUCCAGUCCACCACGCGAUCCUGGAUAGAUUCGUAACGUAUCUUAGCAACAACAAAUCCCAGAAUGGCAGGCCGUUGAAGAUCGACUUUCGGAAAGAAAUACGUCGACUCUGGCACUACAAACCUAAAGGGUUCAUCAAGACCAUUCGAUGCUACGAGAACCUCAGCAAAACUUACAACAAGGAGCACAAGAAGACGUUACGAGCAUGGACGGUCACGAAGGCUGACGAAGACCACGAGCACCUAAAGCACCAUGAAUUCAAAGUGUCCUCGGAGUGCGAAGGCGAGACUCAAGCAACACCUACGAAAGAAAAAGAGAAAAUAAUUUCAAUGAAAAGGAAAUUCCAGUUCCAGACACACUCCCGCCCUAAACUCAGGCGGAAAAGUGUGCCAUAG